GUGGACUUGCCGAUCACCAAGGCUAAAAGUACGAGGCCUGAUUUUAUAAUAGAAAAUAUGAGCUGAAUUCAAUAUGCAAGAUAGCUUGUUGACGGUGAUUGGAUUAUCUAUGAUUGCAUUUGCAAACAUUGUUGGUGGAAACGACAAUAUCUCAAAAGAUAAUGCUGGAAUUACGGAGGAACAGACUGAAGUUUCAGAUUAUAAUUAUGAAAAGAAGAUACUGUUUGUGUCAGAAAGUAUGGAAGAAUUGUUUUUUUCUGGAGCAUCCGAAGUUUUAACACUCCUCACCAAUGAAAUCGGAUCCAACUUAGACAAUUUUAAAGAAGCAGUCCCAAACAAUUCAUAUUUACAAAGGCACUUGAGGAAUAUCAUAGUUGAGAAUGGCAGAGCAAUGCUGAAUAUUUCCAAAGUCCACAGUCGUUUAACAAGACAAGUUCGCAAAUUCGUGGUGCGCUGCUGCGGAUCGAGUUCGUGCUCGUACAGUUCGCGACAAAACCAGCGUCGCACCGGCUUUGGAAACGGCUACGGCUUCGGCAACAAUGGCAUGGGCGGUUUCAGCCCCUGGAACGGCUUCCAGUCCAACUCGAACGUGAACCGGGGCUCUCAGGGUUUCGCGUCCAAGGCCAUUGCCAUGGUGCUGCCGAGCGGAGUGAGCAUUUCUUGCCCCGGCUGUGCCCCUGGCUGGCAGCAGAACCUCAACUUCGGACACGGAGUUGGUUUCAUACCUAUCACGUGUCCAGGGUGUCCGGCUGGGUGGCAGCAGAUGCUCAAUAUGGGGCCCGGCGUGGAGUUUGAGGAGGAGACCACGACGGUGACGACGACCACCACUGUGGCAACCACUGUGGAAACAACCACAGAAGAAACAACCACGGAAGAAACAACUACUGAAGAGACAACCACGGAAGAGACGACAACAGAGGCAGGAGGAACUACUGCUGCGAAAGGGGGAGGGUUGGGUGACCUCAUUGGAGGAUUCCUCAGCGGGUGAUAAAAGACCGUGCUAUCAGUUUUUUUGAGUUCUAAAGAAGCGUGGAGUUUGAUCUAUGUUUUAAUCAGUUAUUUUGAAGAUAAAAUAAAAUUAAUUUAUCCUCAUUUGAAGCGUCACUUUAUUUUUAUCUUCACAGAUGUCAUCCUGGCGUGAAAUCUUCAGCAUUAUAUGAAUAACUUAAAAUUAUUAAGAAAAUGUAAAGCGUUUUCUAUGAAGAAUAAAGAAAUAAUAAAUUUUACCCCUGGAACAAA